AUGGGUCUCUUCAGCAAAAAGACCACCGAGGAGGUGGCUGAGAAGGGAACUCCUGAGACUUCGACUCCUGCUGAGACUCCCGCGAGGACAGUCUCCCCGACCAGGGAUGGAGCUGAGAUCGAGCCCAAGGGCCGUGUCCCUGCUGUCGCAGUGAUCCUUGGAGCAACUGCCAGUAUUGGUGGCUUCAUGUUCGGUUACGAGUCCGGACAGAUCUCUGGUUUUCUCCAGAUGCCCGACUUCCUCGAGAGAUUCGGCGACAACGGCGAAUUCUCUGCUAUCCGCCAGGGUACCAUCGUCGGUCUCCUCUGCAUUGGUACUCUCUUCGGUUGCUUAUGCUCGGCUCCCCUCGCUGAUACCUUCGGUCGUCGUCUGGUCAUCUCCGGUUCCGCUUUCUUCUACAUCAUCGGUGUGAUUAUCGAAAUCACUAGCGAGCGUUCCUGGGUCCAAUUCGCCAUGGGUCGUUUCACUGCUGGUAUCGGUAUCGGAGCCUUGUCCACUGUCGUCCCUAUGUACCAGUCCGAGUCGAUUCCCAAGCGUAUCCGUGGCGCUACGGUCAGUUCAUAUCAGCUGCUCAUCACCCUCGGUAUCUGGACCGCUUACAUGGUCAACUACGGCACAUCCAAGGACUACACCAACGAUGCUCAGUGGCGCAUUCCCAACGGUCUGUCCGCUCUUUGGGCCAUCAUCCUGGGUUCCACCAUCCUCCUUCUGCCCGAGUCCCCCCGUUACGCCUACCGCAUGGGCCGUACUGAGGAGGCUCGCAUGAACAUGGCCCGUCUCAACGGUGUUGACCCUCACAGCGCCUUCAUCGACAACGAGAUCCGCGAGAUUGAGGAGAAGCUCCAGGCUGAGUCUGCUGGCGGCGAGCACCCAUGGCACGAGAUAUUCACUGGUCCCCGCAUGUUGUACCGCACCCUGCUGGGCAUGGUCCUUCAGGCUGGUCAGCAGCUUACUGGCGCUAACUACUUCUUCUACUACGGAACCACCAUCUUCUCGGCUACUGGCCUGAAGAACCCCUAUGUCACCUCCAUCAUUCUCGGUACCGUCAACGUGGUCGCCACUAUCUUCGGUCUCUGGGUUGUUGAGAAUGUCGGACGUCGCACGGCCAUGAUGUGCGGUGCUGCAUGGAUGUUCAUGUGCCUGUUCGUCUACUCGCUCGUCGGCCACUUCGUCGCCACCAGCAUCGACGGCGUGACCACCCCUACCGCCACAGCCGGCAACGUCAUGAUUGUCUUCACCUGCUUGUUCAUCGCCGCUUUCGCCACCACCUGGGGUCCUCUCGUCUGGGCUAUUGUCGGCGAGCUGUACCCUGCCCGCUACCGCGCAACCUGCAUGGCUCUGGCAACCGCGUCCAACUGGCUGUUCAACUUCAUCAUCUCGUUCGUCUCAACCCUCGUCACCGACAGGAUUGACUACCUCUACGGUCUCGUCUUCGGCGUGAGUUGUUUCCUGCUCUUCUGGGUCGUCUACUUCUUCAUGAUCGAGACAAAGGACCGCUCCCUCGAGGAGAUCGACACAAUGUACAUGCUCCACGUCAACCCCAUCACCUCUGCCAAGUGGGACUCGAGCUCGCUCCAGAGAGACGGUCUGGUCGACACGGACCGUCUGCAGAUGGGCCCUGGUGGCAGGAGCUGGAGCAAGGCUGAGCAGGCUGGACAGCGCGGUGGUGUCCUCGAGCCUGCUGAGCGCCAGGAGAAUCAGGUUUAG